ACCUUUUUCUUGGGGUUAAGAAGAAGAAUCUGCAACGCAUCACUAUCAUCGUCCUUCCUCCACAGUUAGCUUCAGGCUCGCGAUCGUCGUCAAAAGUCACCCAGAUGCAGAAAUUGGGUGAUUUCAAGCUUCCCCAGUUCUUCAAUUACCCUCCUUACUUCACACUGCAACCAGUGAGAGACAUCCGCGAGAAGCAGAUUCAGCUAUGGAAGGACCUCAUUCUCGAUUAUUGUAAAACCCAGAACUUCUUUGUGAUUGCUGUGGAAGACCAAGACUUUCCUCUCUUCUCAAACCCUGCGAUCGAGAGGUCUCUUACCCACGAAGCCAGGGAAGCGUUCCUCUCAGCUUUGGUCUCGCAAGGCCGAGCAGAAUGGCUGGAUAAAAAUCACAGAAAGUGCCUUAUACUCUGGCAUCGGAUUCAAGAGUGGGCUAAUAUUGUUCUAGAGUUCGUCAAGGAAAAUGGGUUGGAGAAUAGUGUGAUGACGGUGGAGGAAAUCCGGUCUGGGCCUGAAUCUAGAGGCACAGAGCUUCAUGGGAUUGACCGUACUGUUCUGAUGCGAGCUUUGAAGCUGCUGGAGCAGAAAGGGAAGCUGGCAAUCUUCAAGGGGACUACAGCAGAUGAUGAGGGUGUGAAGUUCUCCGCUUGAUUUGGGGAGUGGCAUGAGGCUAAUAUGGUUUUCUCGACUAAACCCCCUAGACAAGAUUUUAUGGUGGCUAAGCUCAACAUUGAUGGUAGUUGUCAUGCUAUUGAUUCUCAUAUUGUGCUGGAGUGGAGGUCCUUUGAGAAAUUCUGAUGAAAAUUGAGUUAGAGAUUUUGUUGUUAUGGAAGCUGAGUUAUGAGGUCUCUUCCAUGAGUAACAGCUAUCUUGGGAGGAAGGUUGAAGAUUAUUGGGGAUUGAGUGUGAUUCUCAAGCUGUGGUUCAUAGGGUCACUCAUGUUGUGGAUUCUCAUCCCAUGUUUAGCUUAAUAAAUGGUUGUAGAGAGCUUCUUGGAAGGAGUGGUUACGUCCCCCGUCUCAUGGUUACGUCCUCUGUCUGAUUGAGGUGAAUGAGAUAGCUGUACAGGUUGUCAUGCUGCUGCUUGUUCCAUCAACGUCUCAUCCAGCUGAAAUGGUACACACAGUUGCAUGAUCAACACCUCAAGGCUUCCUGGGUUGCUGAGAAGAAGGUGUUCCUUGCUUAUUCACCAUUAUACAUAGCAGGGGGCUUCGUUGUUCUGUUCAUGAACGUCAAGCAGAACCAACUUCACAUUGUAAACCAUUUUCUUUGGGGCCGUUUAAGAUCCUAUGCCGGUCUAGUUCUCGAUUGCUUUCUUUUCCGUCAAGUCCUCAACAUUUUUCUCAACUCAAAGGAAAGUGCUCUUUCUUGGUCAUUUUACCUUGGAAUCACUUUUAUGCGUGUGCUUCCACACGCAUAUGACCUUUACAGGGCUAAAUCCUAUGAUCCUUGGUCAUCCAAGUUUUCGAUCGAUACUCAUGCAAGUUUCUUCUCCGGCUCGCAGGAUGUCAUUGUCUGUUCUGUAUGUCUGCUAUUUGCUGCAAUCAUCUGCUUGCAGCAGCGGUUUGGCGGACGAUGUAUCCUUCCAAGUAGAUUUGGGGGACAUGAAGAUUAUGAGAAAGUUCUAGGGUCUAGUGACAAGUAAUUUCCUUGGGAAAUAUAGCUUCUUAGAAUGUAACUAUUU